AUGGAAAAUGCGAAUCAACUACUAGGUCUCCUCCAUGGAUUGUACGGCGUAGGAGCGGUGCUGAGCCCUCUAGUCGCCACGUUGUUAAUCACGAAGGCCGAGAUUGCCUGCGCAGCAAUCGAGCUCAUCACCUGCGUCUUCUUCUUCUGGGACUCCACUGCAGCUGAAUUCCUUAGCGGAACCAUCGAAGACGACGACUACUCCCAGGCAGGUCUACGACAAGCUUUAUUCAAGUACCCAUACGCCAGAGCCACUUGGAUCUACGCCUUCUUUCUGCUCGGCCACGUAGGAAUCGAAGUAGCCCUAGGCGGCUGGAUCGUCACAUUCAUGAUGCGCGUGCGGAACGGCGAGGCCUUCGCCAGGGGGAUGGCCGUGACGGGGUUCUGGCUAGGGAUCGCAUUCGGGCGAGUCCUGUUAGGAUUCGUGACGCCGAGAAUUGGCGAGAAGCUGGGAAUCAUUGUCUACUCCCACCUCGCCAUCGCACUCGGUCUGAUUCUCUGGCUCGUGCCAAACUUCUACGCCCCCGUAAUAGCAGUGUCCUUGCAGGGCUUCUUUUUUGGUCCAUCCUUCCCCGGCGUUGUGGUCGUCGCUACAAAGCUCCUUCCUAGAGUGUUGCAUGUCAGCGCGAUUGGCUUUGCAGCUGCAUUUGGAGGCGGUGGGGCAGCUGUGUUGCCGUUUGCCGUGGGCGCUAUUGCCAAGGCGAAGGGCGUGCAGGUAUUGCAGCCGUUUAUAACUGGGUUGUCCGGUGGGAUUCUACUGCUGUGGUUAGGGCUGCCGAUAAUCAAGAAGUAA